ACUCGAUGCAGCAGAGCCAGAAAUUGCGGCACUACGUAUACGCCCAGUCUACGUCGAGUUGGCCACGUGUACGGACACGCGGCGCGGUUCGCAUCCUCCGGUGGCAGAAUAUUCGUUACCAACAGUUCACUACCAAAACUCUCGCGAUUCGGUGCUAAUCAAAGACAAACAGAAUAUAUACGAUCUUUAAAAGUUCAAUUUAUUUUUCUUAAAUCUAUAGAAACCUUUUUUUUGUUGAUUUUUUGUGUGCCCAGUGCAAGAGUGUUAGUGUCUGUGAAAAGAGUGCCGGCUUGAAAAAUGCGCGCCAAAAAUUGAGAAAUAUUCGCAGAGCGCAGCGGCAACUAAAACUAAUCAAACUACAAUUUACAAACUACCCAAGGAGAUAAACAUAAAUAGUAAUAUAUAUAUAUAAAUUUAAUAUAUGCACACACGUAUAAGUAUUUGGGCAGUCUGCAGUUUUACAAUAAUAAUCUGAAGUGCAUAGUGGGGAUUCGGCGAUGUUUAUGUGGAAAUCUAAGGACAGGCAAAUUAAAAAAUAAAUGGCCCAUGAUUAACAAACGUUACUUUGCCCGCCGGAAUUUUUUGCGUUACGUGUAAAGGACUCUUACUGCGAGCGGAGAGCGAGACGGAGAGGGAGCGAGCGGGCCAGAGGGAGACGGAGACAAUAAGACUGAAGCUGGCAAACCUCACACAAAAUGCGAAGAAGAAGAAGCAGUGGCGGGGCACAACAACCACAGCAGCGGCCACACGAACAGCAACAGCAACAAAAUCAAAGGUUAAUCCAUGGCCCACGCUGUUCGCUGCUAAUGUUGCUAAUUGUUGGCCAAGCAGUUUACGCUUCUUCCGCCAGUGAGCUAAUCGCAAAUCGCUCGACGCCAUCGAAUUCGACCCCUGACACGCCCCGGCCGACCCCCAAGAUUUCCAGCCCCUUUCGGGAGCCGGAUGUGGCCGAGGGGGAGGUCGACUGGGGGGCGGGGCAGCACCCGCUGACCAUUUCCCGGCCGCCGAGAGCGGGACGCAGCGAGCGGCAGGCGGAGGAGGAUCAGGUGGACCGCUGCCGGCUGUUCGUCGAGGGGGAUCCCACCAAGAACGAGCUGUACAGCCCCGAGUAUCCGAACCUGUAUCCGAAGAACAUCAACUGCACCCGGGUGAUAACAGCGCCAAAGGGACAAAUCAUUCGCCUGGACUUUCGCAACUCGUUUAAUAUCGAGGCCAAGGAGGAGUGCAAAUUUGAUUUUCUCGAAAUACGGGAUGGUCAGUACGGCUUCUCCACGCUGAUCGGCAAGUUCUGCGGCACCGACUUCCCGCCGGAGAUCACCUCCAAGGAGCGCUACCUGUGGCUGCACUUCCACUCCGACGAGACCAUCGAGUACACCGGGUUCAGUGCCGUCUACGAGUACCUGGACAGGAACCGGGAGGCCCCGAGCACCGACCUCAACUGCACCAUCGAGAAGGGCGGCUUCGAGGGGUUCAUCAACUCCACGGACGUGCCGGCGGAGAUCCGGGAGCAGGUCAACCACAACAAGAUCGCCCUGGACUGCAUCUGGCGCAUCCAGGUCAAGGAGAACUGGAAGAUAUUCCUCAAGUUUCUGGACUUCAAGCUGAGCAAACCGAACGAUUGCGAUACCAACUUCCUGGAUAUAUUUCCCGAGCAAACGGUGAUGCCACUCAGGGUUAAGAACUUUUGCGGUUCGGCUGGCGAGAGUAUUACGGCGGACUCGAACAUCCUGCACUUGCGCUUCUACGCAGAUCAAAUCGCGAUUAACUCGACAUUCGGCAUCCUAUUCACGGCGUUCCGGGACCGAGGAGCUGCCUGCACCGAGGACGAGUACGAUUGCGAGGACGCGACCUGCAUAUCAAAGGAUUUGAAAUGUAAUAGCCAAGACAAUUGUAAAUUUCGAUGGGACGAGGAGGGCUGUACGGGCGAGGCGGCUGGCCAAUCGGAGCAUGUGGUCAUCAUCGUGAUUGUGUUUGGCCUGAUACUCGGCGGAAUGGUCAUUACGUUCAUCGUCAAUUGCAUACGCAAGAUAAUACGUGAUCAGAAGAUAAUACGCGAGCACAUCCGGGAGUCGAAGGAGAGCAAGCUGGACGAGAUGGGCAGCCACUCCAAGGGUCGUUCUCGGGAGAACAUAUCCAGGCAAAAGCACUCGCAGACCUCGCUGCAGAUCCUGGACGACGUGUCGAACCGAUAUUACCGCGAGGCCGUGCCCCUGUCGACGCAGUCGAGCAAGGCGGACUUCAAGGAGAAGGAGCACAGCAUCCUGCGCCGGCACGCGGACAUGACCCAAACGAGUCUCUGCGGCAUCACCGUCGAGGAUGACGACGAGUCCAGCUCGACGACAACCGCCACCCACGAGCUGAGGACAAAGGCGUCCAUGUCGGCGGUGCCCUCCAAUGCCUGCGAUAUGGGCUGCCAGACGAGGGAAUCGCUGUUUGUCAACAGUCCCGGAAUUGGACCGUCGGCUGGUGCGGCCGUUGGUGUUCCUGUUGGCAUUGGUAUUGCCGUUGCUCCCGGCGGCGGUGUUGGCACGCUAAUGAGACAAAAGUCCAGCUCCUCAUCGCUGGGCGGCAACAGCGGCUCUGGGGUCGGGAUCGGUGCCAUGAUGAUGCCGCCCCCGCCGCCGCGCUUCUUCUCCACCUUCGGCUAUGAGCCGUCGGGAUCGCCGGCGGUGGCAACGCUGACACGGCGCAGCAUGCACCAGCAGCAACAUCAGCAGCAACACCACCAGCUGCCGCGCCAGGAGUCCAUCGAGAUGGAGGAGCGACACAGCGGCCGCUCGCACUACGGCGGACUGCUGGUGGCCUCGACGGUCAAACAGCCGCAGGAGAUCUGUCACCAUCACCACCAGCAUCAGCAGCAGCAGCAGCAGCAUGCCCAGCAGCAGCAUGCACAGCAGCAACAUGCACAGCAGCAGCAUCUUGCACAGCAGCAACAGCAACCGCAGCGACUGCACCAUGCACAUCCACACCCACAUCCGCCGAGCAUUGCUGCCCGUCUGCCCACGAUGAAAGGACACGGUGCCAUGGGACAGACAACGAUCCUUCCCGGCAGCAACAAGCAGCAGCAGCAGCAACAUCAGCAGCAUCAGCAGCAGCAGCAGAAGAACGAGGAGUCCAAAGUGUUUAUCGACAUACGGAAUUCAGCACCAGACGUGAUUAUCAUGACGUCCCAUUGACAUUUAAGGAUGGCCCGCCAAUCAGCAACAACAACGGUAGAGAGCAGGAGCAACAGCAGCAGCAGCAGCAACAGCAACAGCAGCAACAUCGGCGGAAAGAGGAUGCGUUGCAGCAACUGGACAUCGGCCAACAUAUUAACCGCAGCCGCAGCGUCGCUGAUGACACAACAAGGACACGAAGGAGGCGCGUUGCAAUCAGCCAAGGGGCCAGGGGGUGGUGCUGGUGCUUUCUUUCACCCACCCAUUUCGCCACUCGCAACAUGCCACCCCACCCACCGCCGCCCACAUCCGGUUUGCAUUCCGUUGCACUCGUUUCGCGCUUUCCAUCCCCGCUUUUAAAGUGAGGUGAACGCGGUCUUUUAAAUUGCUGCAGUCAAAAGUUUUCGUAAUGAAGACACCAAACUUGUUCUGUAACCAUUGUGUUUAAAAAGUUCUUUAACUGACUCUAGGUAUUUUAUUUCUUGCCAUUUGGUAAAGCCAAUUAAGCAGCUUGCUUUUGAGCAAAGGAUAAGGCACUGUCAGCAUAUAUAUACAUAAAACUGCGUUUAACUUAAUAAUAUUAUUUCAACACAAAUUUCCUUUUCAGUAAUCUUUCGUGAUAUUUGAAGGAAUUUUUAAAGUACACAUAUUAUUUCCGUAUUCUUUCAAUCAACCAAUUUGAUGAGAACUCACUUGAAUGAAGAAUUUAAUUAGCUUAAAAUAUACAAAACAAAAUAAUAUUAUAUAGAGUGAUUGGCCAAUUUUAAAGUCCACAUUUUUAAGAGCUUAGUGAUGGGUUCGUAAUACGUGUUAAAUUCAAAUUGAAAAUAACAUUUUUCGUUAAAUAAAAAAUAUAUCAUUAUAUUAAACGCAGCUGUAUAUAUACAUAUGUAUAUAAACGUGUAAAAUCCUUUAAAAAAUUACUUUUCUGAAAGUUUUUCCAAAAAUCUUGUUCAACUAACCAAAGUCACAAUAACGUGUUUAGACAUAAGAUUAACUAUAAUUUUUACCAAACUCUCACACUAAGUAUGGGACUUAAAGCGGUCUUAAAAACUGUGUAAAAGCCAAUCGGAGCGCCUUUAAGACGAGAUAAAUCCACUAAUAGCUCGGCAGCGACUGGAGCUGACUGGGCGAGACAAAUGGAAGAUGUGUUGGUCCGUUGUCCUCGGCCAGCCCCUUUGCAAUAGCCAGUCGGAGAAUCUGUGGACCGGAGGGUCCUGGGGAAGGGAGCGGGAUCGGGGGAAGCCCGGAGAGCUGUUCCAGUUGUUGUCGCCGACGGACCGCAAUUGCUGGCGACAUUUGCCGGACAUCCUACGGCUGCGACAGCGGCAUUUUCUGCUCGAAAACAAUGCGAACGCAGGACACAGAUACGGAUGUGGAUGCGGAUGCGGAUUCCAAUGCGGAUCCCUAUGAGGAUGCGGAUACAAAUACGGGGGAGUGUGCCGGCAGACACUAAGCAGACCGCUGACAACGUGGCGUAUGAGCAACAUGUCCCAGAACAUUGUUAUCGGACUCCACUCCACUCCAUCCCCACACACCACUCGCCCACCUUUCGAGUUCCACUUUUCCCUAACAUGUUUGCCGCUCGGAAAAAUGCUCGACAGGAACUUCUUCAUUUACAUGCAUUGCGGACGUGGUCCAUUUCACGACGAUGUCGCGACCAGAGUCCAUCCAUCACGGGCACGUGCUCGGAGCUCCAUUUCGGUCUUGGUUUCGGGUUAUGGGUUUCGGAUGGGCUUGGGUUUGGGUUUGGGCUUGGAGCUCUGGUUCUGGUUCUGGUUCUAUUUCUGCGAGACAAGCAAUUUGCGGAAAAUAGUUUUUUAAGUGAUUUCGGAGUGGUCCACUUCGCUAGUUUUAUGAAAUUAAUUUCGCGCCAAGACCAGUCCUCCCCUUUUAACCCAUUAAUUAACAGCGGGCGAAAGUUUACACAAGGACUGUUUGGACUUUAAGAUCUUUAUAGCUGCUGUUCUGAAAUCAUAUAAUUUUUCUAAGCUUGCAAAUACUUAUUGCAAAUUCAGUUUCUGAAAUGUACCCACAACCGUUAAAAGGAAAAUCAUCCUUAAAAAUCUGUGCCAUAAUACUCGUAAGAAGAGCGCCCUCCAAUCCAUUGCUGAUUCUCGAACAACUUGUAAUGGGUUAACGAGGGACCUGGGCAAUCUUUUUAGUUUAUCUGCCAUCUAAAUCCCUUUCAAUUAGAUAAAUUAGCUGGCCACAGAUUUCACCGCACCUGCGAAAAGUUUUCGCACUCAACGACUGAUGGAUCCGGGCUCUGGAGUCCGUUGGUCCGCAAUUACCGUGGUCACCGUAAUGCGGUUGGUUUUGGGUUUUCAGCUUUCGGUUUUCGGUUGGCCGGGAUCAUCCCGGCGGUUUGAGUGGUCUGAGUGGUUCCGAUGGUGUAAAUAUUGUCGCAGCUGGCCAAAAAACGGGGGGAUGGCUUCUGGAAAAAUAAAGAUGACAAUGACAAUGAGGGAGCGAGGGUGUGGGAAAUCCAUUUGAUUGAUUGAAUUUAAAGAGCAGCGACAGCCACGCGGGAAAACGGGGAAAAUUACAAGACCAAUGUUCGAUAAUGAUAAUGGUGAUGGCGAUGAUGAUGAUGGUGCAGUGCUGCACCUUUUUUCCGCUCUGUGGAAAGCUCAAAUCAUUAGAGUGAUUAAAGGUCGAGCUGACAUGACAAGAGUCCCUCUGACUUGACUCGGACCCUCAUCAUCUUGAGCUCCGGAAUCAGUCAUGGAAAAUUCUUGAGCUCUAAAAUCUGUCAAAAUGAAUUUAGCCAAUUGUGAGUACAUUUUUUGGUGAGGAAAUUCACACUUCUAUUUCUUUAUAACCUUCCUGCAAAAAUCAGUUUACAUUUCUAUUAUGAAUAUAAUAUGUUUAAGACCCUUGACCUGACUAGGAUGUAACCCUUAUCAUCUUGAACUCUAAAAUCUGUCAAGGAUACUACUUUCCGCUCCAAAAAAUGUAUGAGGAGUUUAAACAAAGAUAAAGCUUAUAAACUGAAUUUAAUCGAUUGUAAAUGUUUAGUAAGAUAAGAUAUUUUGUAUCUUUCCUAAAAGCUCAGAUUUUUUCUAAUUAUGUAAUUUUAUUCUUAUUUUUAACAUGGGUAUGGGUUUCACAUAAGAUUUAUUUUUAAAAUACUAUACUUUACUUGGACACAAACCUCCAUCAUCUUGAGCUCUAAAAUCUGUUCAAAAUUCAUAAGCUCAUAAAUCCUGAAAAAAACAACACAAAAGCAAAUGAAUUUAGCAAAUUGUACAUUUUUUUCACUAACCAUAAUUUGUUAAUCUUUAAAAAAAUGUGUUAUGGAACAGGUAAUACACUGUUCUAAUUAUAGGCAAAUCAAAUCUUCCUUUAACCACAUAAUUUCUAAAAUACUCAUUGAAAGCAAAGAAAAUAUCUUGCCGUUCCGUUUGUAAAUAAAUCUAAGCAAAUGUAAGCUUUUUUAGGCUUAGACAUGAACUACGUAUAAUUGUUAAAAGAAUUUUGUAUUUGUUUAUGUUUUAACCCUGAGAACCAUAGGACACUUUUUUCUAGCUAAAUUUAAGAUGAAAUUUAGCGAUUUUACUAAAAAAAGCAUCUAGAAACUAUACUAAAGUAUGAAAAACUAAAGAAAAAAAAGUAAAUUGAAAACAAUGUGUACUAUAAGUCAGCUAUACCUAGGAUUAUGUUAAAUGUAUGAUAAUUUUUUUUUAUAAAAACAUAUACAAACAUACUUAAAGUAUCAAAAUUAACUACAGAAAAACCCAGCAAAAAAUAUUUAAAACCCUGUCUUUUUUGCAAAAUGACUGCAAGCAUUGUAAUUGUAAAUUGUCGAGCGACAAAAAAAUUGUGUACACAUACGAGCAUUAAAUAAAUACUUGAAAAAA